AUGAUGUUAUGGGGCAUGGCUCGAACGCGCCUACGCGUCACCACAUCGUCAACCUUAUGGGCGCGAACCAAGAAUAUAUACUCGACUAAGGGUGCUAGGUAUAGCUCCGGCUCUCGCUCCUACCCAAAUCCGAUGAGAUCUAUUGUGAUCGCCAGCGUGAUCAGUACACCGGCUCUGUGGUGGCUGGUAAAUGCCAAAGACGAUGUCACCCGCGACGAUGCGCCGCAUCUUGAAAGCCCCCCGGCUGAGCACUGGACCGUCGAGCCAGGUCCUUCCGAGGACCAAGUGACACGCAUCAUCUCUCAAGGAGCAUAUUCUCAUCUAGUCCGGAACGUGGACGGCGUCAUCAGAUAUGACGGUGCCCAAUUGCCCUCUAAUAGCCCAUGCGAGGAUCAUUUUACACAUGGCAAAUUUCCUUCGCCGUGGAAUGAAGACAAUACUUGGAUGACAUGGGGUGUUUUUGAUGGUCAUGCAGGAGCUCAGACGGCAGAAUUGCUGAAGACCGAACUCAUGCCUUUUGUUCGACACAGCUUAAGUCAAGUCAAGCCGCUCUCGGACCAAGAAUCCUACUCUAAUGAGCUGAUUCAGCGCGCUAUCGCGAACGCGUUUUUGAAUCUCGACGACUCCAUCAUCAAGACAGCUCUGGAGACUUCUCAGAGCCAAUGCUCGUUACCCGAGAAGGUGAAGAAGUUAGCGCCCGCUUAUUCCGGCUCAUGCGCUUUGCUGUCCCUGUACGAUCCUACCACAAGCACGCUACAUGUGGCGUGUACCGGCGAUUCGAGAGCGGUGCUCGGACAAAAAGGUCCGGACGGUAAAUGGAACGCAAAACCAUUGUCGGUAGACCAGACGGGCAAAAACGAAGAAGAGAUUGCCAGACUUUACAAGGAACACCCUGGCGAGGAAGAUAUCGUCAAAAACGGGAGGGUACUGGGGAUUAUGGUCUCACGGGCCUUUGGCGAUGCUCGGUGGAAGUGGUCUUUGGAAUUCCAACAAGACAUGCAGCGCAAAUUCUUCGGGCCAUCACCUCUGACACCGAGAUAUCCCGUUCGAACGCCGCCAUAUCUCACGGCCGAACCGGUGGUCACAAGCACCAAGCUCAACACCGGUAAGCCGGCGUUCCUGAUUAUGGCAACGGAUGGAUUGUGGGAUGUGCUCUCCAACCAGCAGGCGGUCGAGCUCGUGGGAAAAUGGUUGGAACGCGGAGCAGAGAAGCAGAGAAGCAGCAAUCCGGACCCGGGACGUGAAAUGUCCGACUUUAGUGAAUUUGCCAAUGAGGAAGAUUGGAAAUUCGAGGAAAAGAGGACCACCGUUCAAGACGACAAUGUCGCGGUGCAUCUGGUGCGUAACUCGCUUGGGGGAAAUCAUCAUGAGUUGGUAGCAGGCCGACUUGCUUACGAUUCACCAUCUUCUCGGCGUGUACGGGACGAUAUCACCGUGCAAGUGGUUUUCUUCGAUGCACCCGAACUAAAAUGGGAUAAGCCGUUGAAAUUCUCAUAG